UGUAACAACCAACCAGGGCUUGGUGUGUCUUUAUUUUCCUGGUUGCCGGAAGAUUGGCUAAUUCAGGAUUUCUAUUCGCGGGAUUUCUUUACUAACUUAAAUAUCUUCAAGCUCUUGGUGCAGAGCUUUGGUACGUGCAGGUUCUCGUGUGUUGUGAAGUCUUAACGGAGAUUUGGAUUGGCACACAUUGCGAUUGGUGUUGACAGCUUGUGUGUCUGCGUGGGAUUGUAGUGAGCAUCCCGCGUGUGUAUCUUCUGGCCGAUUCCCAUUUUCUUUGGCUGCAGAAAUAAUGCGAUCUGGAGCCCAUGUCGAACAUCUAUGAAGAGAAGGCAGCAAUGAUCGCCGCAGGAGAAUUGCUGGAGUAUGUUCCGUUCGGCCGGGACCACUGUAAACACCAUCCGAACGCUUUGAACCUCCAACUUCGGCAGCUGCAACCGGCUUCAGAGCUGUUGUCCUCAGACGGAGCAGCGGGUUUAGUGGGCUGUCUUCGGGAAGUGACAAUACACGAAAAGUUAAAGGAAAGCUGGCAUCUACGAAAAGGGGUUGGUGAGGUUGGUGAAGAUGUAGACUACGAUGAAGAACUUUACACUGCUGGUAAUGUAGUAGUUUGGAGCCGAGGAAGCAAAAGUGAAGCCUCAACAGUGUACAAGGCUUUUACUAUGGACAGUCCUGUUUUACAGGCUUUGUGGUGUAAUUUCAGCAUAACUCAGGAUAAAGGCUGGAAAUCAAAAAGUAAAGAGAAAGUAGAGGAGUCGGUGUGCAUUGUGCAGAGUUCCUCCAUAAAUGUCCACACAGUAGAGGGAAAGGAUUACAUUGCUCCAUUACCAUUUCAGGUAGCACAUGUAUGGCCCUCCAAAUAUGGAUUAUUGUUUGAGCGCUGCAGCUCACCACAUGAGUUUCCACCGAGUCCUCCCAGAGAACCACUGCCAACUAUAUUCAGUAUGCUUCACCCACUUGAUGAGAUAGCACCUCUUGUUUGCAAAUCCAGCAGUUCAUUUGGUGCUUCUCGCGUUCAAUAUGUUGCUGACCAUACUCUACGGAUAGUGUUUACGUCUGCAGAGCCAUCCAUCAUGAUGACAUAUGACAUAGUCCAGUGUUCGCAUGUUGUCUGGACACUUCGUAAAGUGAAACCAGAGGAACAGAAUGUGGUUUUGAAGCUUCCAGAUCAGACAGUAACUCCACAGCAUGUAUCCACCAGCAGUUCCCUUACUGCCCAUCUGCGAAGUGUUUCAAAAGGAGACUCGCCCACUGGGUCUCCAUUUCAAAAUUACUCAUCAAUCCACAGCCAGAGCAGAUCAAUAUCUUCACCAAGUUUGUACUCACGCUCACACUCUCCUUCCAUUUCUAACAUGGCUGCUUUGAGUCGCUCACAUUCUCCUGCCUUGGCAGUGAACUCAUUCUCAGGAGUACAACGAUUCAACUUCUCUACACAUACACCAUCUCCAAAGCGUGCCAGUGCCUCCCAUUCUCCGAAUAGCAGUCUGAGCGACUCCCUCUUGGCACCUGAGACAGAACCUAUUGUUCCAGAACUUUGUAUUGACCAACUUUGGACAGAACCUGUAGCCAGCAUGAGAGAAAAGAAUUCACAAGCUUCCAAGGUGUUUGUAACAACUGAUCUCUGUGGACAGAAAUUUUUGUGUUUCUUGGUUGAGUCCCAGUUUCAGCUAAGCUGUAUUUUUUUUCCCUACCAGAGCAUAGAAACAAUGCUUGUCCUGGAGAGUAAUGGAAGCCUUGUUCUGUAUACAGGCGUUAGCAGAGUGGGAAAAAUAUUUAUUCCGGGACUGCCAGCUCCCUCUCUAACGGUCUCACAUUCUAUGCCACGGCCAAGUACUCCCUUAGAAAACAACAGUACUCCAGCUAAGUCAGUGGUUCGACGCGCUAUGCCGUUGGAUGAGGAUGUUCUGCUGUCUCCUGUUCCAGAACUGAGGGACUCAUCCAAGAUCCAUGAAUCUUCCUACCUUGAUGACUGCACAUUCCAGCAGACUGCAAAUUACAUUCAUGCUGUAAGAGAUAAUGUCCAGAACAGAGUCACUCUUGUGUUGGUAUGCAAACAGUUGCAACAAAGUAUUGAUAUUGAAGGGCAUGAUGUGCCAGAGUCAGCAACAGAGGAGGUACCGACUGAGAAACUUGUGGAGGACCCUGCUGCAAAGGAUGACGUAAAAAAGUGUCUUCAAGCAAUCAAAUACAUUCUUCCCAAAGAGAUAGCGGUGCAGGUUCUCAUUAAAUGGUACAGUACAUACAAUGCUCCUGGAGGACCCUGCUACCACUCAGAAUGGAACAUGUUUGUAACGUGUCUAAUGAAUAUGAUGGGUUAUAACACUGACAGACUGAUGUGGACGCAAAAUCUGAACUAUGAAGGAUCUUUGUCUCCAGUCAUUGCACCUAAGAAAGCUCGACCAUCAGAAGCUGGCUGUGAUGAGGACUGGGAAUACUUACUGAAGUCCGAGUAUCAUCAGAAUGCAGAGUCACACCUACUAGCUAGUGCACUACAUCUAGAUGCUGUAGAAGCUCUACCUGCCAAAGAAGACAUCCCAUGUUGUGUUAGCCUGGACACCUCUGCUAUUCUUUUUCAUCACAUUCCUUCCAUUUUCUUUGUUUUGCACCUAGUUUAUGAGGAGCUGAAACUGGACAACCUAAUGAGAGAAGGAACACGUUCACUUGUAGUCCUACUAUUGCAGUUAGCAAGGGACUUAAAAUUAGAAUCUUACCUGGAUUUCUAUUGGAGAGACUACUGUUCAGUUGUAAAGGCCACCACACAUUCUUGUGUCAUUGAUGAAGCCCAAACAAGCUUCAUGAACCAGCCUCCUUUCUUCACUUGUGAGCCUUCAAGCAUCUAUCAGUGGCUGAGUUGCUGCCUGAGAGGGGAUCUUGUACCACCUUAUCCUUAUUUGCCAGGCAUCUGUGAAAGAAGCAGAUUGGUUAUUCUGAGCUUUGCUUUAUACCUACUGGGCGAUGAAAAGGCAGUUUCUGGUGAUUCGUGUAAAUAUUUACUCCGAAUUUCAGCAGGUCAAAGGAAACAACAAGUGGAACAAGAUACUAGAAGGUGUAGCCUCAGACUAGAAUUGUCUGCUUCAAGUUUAGCUGAAAAAUUGAUAAUUUGGCUUACAGAUACAGGAUUCAGUUUGAGAGAUCUGGAUUCACUUCCAUUUGGAGUUGCUCUUCCAAUAAGAGAUGCCAUAUAUCAGUGUCGAGAACAGCCUUCAUCUGAUUGGCCAGAAACUGUAUUUUUGUUGAUUGGCCGACAAGACCUUACCAAACAAGCAGGUGAAGGAAGCUUGCCAAAGGGAAAAUCGUGCGUUAAUCAGGUGUUGUCCUCUGAUGUCCCAAUGGGAACUGAGACUGAAGAUGAUGAUGAUGGGAUGAGUGACUUGAAUAUGGAAGUUAUGUCUCUGAUAUGGAGUGAAGAUUUACGAGUACAGGAAGUACGAAGACUUCUCCAGAGUUCUCAGCCUGUGCGAGUUAAUGUUGUACAGUUGCCAGAAGUGAGUGACCAUGAGUAUAUCGAGGAAAAAGAAAACCGGUUGCUGCAGUUAUGUCAGCGGACUAUGGCACUUCCAAUAGGACGAGGGAUGUUUACUUUAUUUUCUUCCUAUCCAGUGCCAACAGAACCACUACCUAUACCAAAGUUAAAUUUAACAGGUCGUGCUCCUCCUCGAAACACAACUGUUGACCUUAACAGUGGAAACAUUGAUGUCCCUUUGAAUAUGGCAAGCUGGGCUAGCUUUCACAAUGGUGUAGCAGCUGGACUGAAAAUAGCUCCUGUUUCCCAGAUUGAUUCUGCAUGGAUAGUUUAUAACAAACCCAAAAAUGUGGAGUUAGCCAAUGAGUAUGCAGGUUUUUUGAUGGGCCUUGGACUUAGUGGCCACCUAACCAAGCUGGCUACACUGAAUAUUCAUGACUAUCUCACUAAGGGUCAUGAAAUGACAAGCAUUGGACUACUGCUUGGUGUCUCUGCUGCAAAGCUUAGCACAAUGGAUAUGUCAGUUACUCGUUUGCUGAGUAUACAUAUUCCUGCAUUACUGCCACCUACAUCCACUGAGCUUGAUGUACCCCACAACGUGCAGGUAGCUGCCGUGGUGGGAAUUGGACUUGUGUAUCAAGGAACAGCCCACCGACACAUUGCUGAGGUUCUUCUUGCGGAAAUAGGUCGCCCUCCAGGUCCUGAAAUGGAGUAUUGUACUGACAGAGAGUCAUAUUCAUUGGCUGCUGGUAUGGCUCUGGGCAUGGUUUGUCUUGGGCUUGGCAGUAACAUGAUUGGCAUGUCUGACCUGAAUGUCCCUGAUCAACUGUAUCAGUACAUGGUUGGUGGUCACAAGCACUUCCAUUCUAGAAUCCAGCGAGAAAAACACAAGUCUCCCAGCUAUCAGAUCCGGGAAGGAGACACAAUAAAUGUGGAUGUUACUUGUCCUGGUGCCACUUUGGCUCUAGCCAUGAUUUACCUCAAAACCAACAACAGGUCAGUUUCUGACUGGCUUCGAGCACCUGACACCAUGUACCUACUGGACUUCGUUAAACCAGAAUUUCUUUUACUAAGGACUCUUGCAAGAUGUCUCAUUAUGUGGGAUGAUAUUUUGCCAAAUGCUGAAUGGAUUGAAAGUAACGUGCCGCAGAUCAUAAGAGAGAACAGUGUACCUUUACAAGCAGCAGAAGUGCCAACUUCAGAGGAUCUGAAUUUAGAAACUUUAACCCAAGCACAUGUCUAUAUUAUUGCAGGAGCUUGCUUGGCAUUAGGGUUCCGGUUUGCAGGUUCUGCUAAUUUAGCAGCUUUUAAUUGCUUGUAUAAGUUUGCUAGAGAAUUCAUGAAAUGUACGUCAGGACCAGCUGCAGCUUUGACAGGUCAUUACAACCUGGAAACCUGCCUAAGUGUGGUGCUGAUUUCACUUGCUAUGGUGAUGUCUGGCUCAGGGAAUCUUAAAGUUCUGCAGCUUUGUCGCUUCAUGCACAAGAAGACUGGAGUAGAAAUGAAUUAUGGGUUUCAUAUGGCUCACUAUGUGGCCCUUGGACUUCUCUUUCUUGGAGGAGGAAGGUAUUCCUUGAGCACCUCAAAUUCUGCAAUUGCUGCUUUGCUUUGUGCACUUUAUCCUCAUUUCCCGGUAAACAGUACUGACAACAGAUAUCAUUUUCAAGGUGUUAGGAAUCUCUCUGUUGUUGCUUCAGACCCAAGACUGCUUGCACCUGUGUCUGUAGACUGGCAUCUGGCCUGUUUCCUUCCCCUAGAAAUGCCUCGAUGUGGUACUCAGUGGUAUGAAGAGACAACAGAAGAACUUGUUGCACCUUCCCUGCUGCCUGAACUCUACCUUCUAAAACAGAUUAAAGUGAAGGGGCCAAGGUACUGGGAAAUAGUCCUUGAUCUAAGCAAGGGAACUGAGCAGCUGAAAUCAUUCCUUUCCAGAGAUGGAAUUAUGUAUGUAAAACUCCGUGCUGGACAACUUUCAUACAAGGAAGAUCCUAAGGGAUGGCGUAGCCUCUUGGCUCAGACUGUUGCUUGCAAAAAUUCAGAGGCGUCUGGUUUCAAGCCAGAUGUCAUAUCAUCAUUCACCUCUGAUCCAGCUGUCUUGUCAUUUGCUGAGUACUUCUGCAAGCCAGCGAAGAAUAUUGGGCAGGAAAAGCAGGAAAUCCUGGAUCUGUUUUCCACCAUCCUGUAUGAGUGUGUCACUCAGGAAAAUCCAGAAAUGCUGCCUACUUACAUUGGAAUAGACCAGGCUGUAAGAAGGUUAGGAAGGAAAGAAGCAUCAGAGACGUUCGAACUGUGGCAAAUUAAACUUGUUCUCGAAUUCUACAACUCUCGGAAUCUGCAGGAAAGAUUGCGAAAGAAGUCACAUAAAGGGCUGUUUAUGAAAUCUGAAUUUCUUCCUGUGAUGAAAUGCACAGUUGAUCACAUACUAGACCAGUGGAUUAGUGCUGGUGGUGAUGUUGCAUUGCACCAGUACUUGACAGGGCAGCCUGUUGAAGAAUCGCAGAUGAACACACUGGCUUGUUUUCUGGUGUACCAUUCAGUCCCAACAUUUGGACAAUUGUCAGCUUUUGAACUUGAAGGAACCACAACCUUCUCAGAAAUAAUGCUAAAAUUCAGUCAGCUGAGAGUGCCAGUUCGAGCAUUACUGAGGCUUGCACCUCUGUUUCUUAAGAACCCACAGUUAAUGGUGUAUUGACUGUCCUGAUGGGAUAGGCUUUAUAUGGUGAUGAUAAAACAUACAGUAUUUCUACAUUUGUAUUAUCAGUAAAGAUGAUGAUGAUGAAAGUUGUCAGAGUAUUUAAAAGUUUCUUUUUGAAACUGUUAUGAGUAGUGUGAUCUUAAUGCAAGAAUCUGUUAUGUACUUUUUAUUAUCGACAAUGUAAUUGUCAGACUGAAUGAAAAAUAAAUACAUAUACUU